GCGCAUGCGCGCCAACACUCGCGGAAGCUGCAGCAGCAAUGGCGGCGAUGACGGAGAAGAGGGUCAGCAGUUGGCUGAAGGAUAAGUCUGACGAUAUCGGUGUUCAGCCUUUCCCCAUGAUGGGCAGCCGCCCGUGUAAGGUUAUCGGCUCCAGCCGCAAGGAGACCUUCGGUGUGGUCGCAGCGUCGCUGAGGGAACUGAGGGACACAGGAUCAAAAACAUUAAAUUUGGCCAAAGCUGCACAGAAACCCUAUACAGUUGUGCUGGAAGAAGAUGGAACCAUUAUUGAUGAUGAGAAAUAUUUUGCCCACAUGCCAAAAGACACAAAGUUCAUGAUCCUUGGAGCUGGUGAAAAAUGGGUUCCAGAUGUCAAAAUUACGUCUGGCUCGAGUAAAUGGUUAGACUGUGUGGAUUCCGCACAGAGUUCCAGUAAUUGGAAAACUCUUGCCAAUCAACUCGAAAAUAACUUUGCCCAUAUUUUUAUAAUGUCCGAUGGUAACUUGCAGACACUGAUAGAUGUGAAACCUGCGGAUCUGGCAAAGGAAUUGAAGGUGACUGAAAAACACGCUGAAAAAUUACAGGACUCCAUACAAUGUGCUCUUGAUGCCAGAGAGGAACGUCACCAAGCAUUGGAAGCACUCCAGCUGUUUGGGAACGUUUGUAAGCAUGAUCCAACGCAGGCCCAGAAAACUGAAGUUGAUAGUGUAAGCGCCGGGGCCGCUCACACUGAUCAGCUGAGUCAACAUGUAAUUGAAGUCCUGAAACCUAAAUUUUCACCAGAGCUUGCUUUAUCAAUCAACGAACUACAGAUGGUUUUUGCAAGUAAGGAAGGGAAUUUGGCAACGGAUUUGAAUUGUUCCACUCAAGAAGCUAAGAAGUUGCAACAAGCCUGUAAGAGGGAAUUGGACAAGCGCUCGGGAAUGGCAGGCAGUGUUGAGCAGUUGGAGAACCUUUCUUCAAGGAAAAGAAAGAUGUGAAGCCUUGUGUAACACGCAGCCAAGAGUACAUCUCAAUCCAGCAAUUUAAAAUUAUUUCCUCUUUGCCAGGAAAUGCUGACUUUCAUUCAUCUUUCUUUGCCAUUCUUGAAGAUUUCUUGAAUAGAAAAUCAACCUAUCAUGUAAAUGUCUGUAUGGUAAUUGUGAUCAUUGGAAAUAUAAGCUAUAUUUUUUGUAGAUUAUUCUCUGCAUAAUCAAUCAGAUGUCCCUUAUCUCCUCAUUGUGUUGACCUUUAUUUUAUAAACAGUUUGUGCCUUAGUCUACUAAUUAAACCAGUGAUUCUACUACUAAUUUCUCUGGGUUGGUGCCUGAAUGUGUGAAUUAACAGAACAAAUUGGUAGGUUUUUGUUUAGAUGGUGGUAACUGGAUUGUUUUCAAUCCCCCCUUCCAUCUUGCUUUUAUAAGAUCCUUCAAGGCUCUCAACCUCUCUUUCACCAUCUUGUAUUACUUUCCGAUAUAUGGAAAAGUGUGGAAAAGCUUAAGCAAAAAUUGUGUAAGCAGAAGAUGAUAGCUCAGCAAAUCAUUUACACACUGCAGUUAAAGUUUCUAUUUGCUUUAUAGAUUGAUUGAAAGAUACAGGUCACCCAGCUGACCGUCGGUCUCUUGCACUCCAAGGGAUAUAGCCCUAGCCUGCCCAACCUCUCCCUAUAGCUCAGGCCCUCGGGUCCUGGCAACAUCCUCGUACAUCUCUGCACUUUUCCCCAUCUGAUCAACAUCCUUCCUGUAGCAGACUGGCCAAAAUGAUCGCUAUACUCCAAAUGUGGCCUCGCCCGCGUCCUUCCAGGUCAAAGAAUGACAGUGUGAAAACAGGCCCUUCGACCCAACUUGCCCACUAACUGUGUUAUCUGCAGUUCUCACUAUUUAGUGUUAUGUUUUCACUGCUCGCUAGAGAUAUGUCCUAGCCAGUGGAGAAACCAAACACUGAAUCUGUCACUCCUUGGCAGGACAUUUAAAUGUAAUGGGCAUGGAUGGCCCUGAGUUGCCCGUCAUUUUAAUUCUCCCAGGGCACAGAAUCUCAGCUUCUGCCUGGCACGGUGCAGCCCUUGGGACCUCAUAUUGAAUUCAGCAGUUUCAAAUAAUGAUCUUGCCUUUUUGUGGCAGAACUGGCUAUUUCUGAUAUAAAGGGAGUCACCUGUUAAUUUGAUCAGUUUCCAAGAAUGCUGUCUGAUCUGCUGGUUUUUUUUCUAUCCCCCAUCCUCCCCAAUGUGCUCUUUUAUUUCAGUACAUCAGAAACUGCUGUGUUCUGCUUCUCUGUGCUCUUUCUUUCUCCAAUGCUCCCAUCCAUCUAUAUCUAUUUAUAUAUUUUACAGAUGAACCAGAUUACACUCAAGGACAUAUUAUUUGUAAAAGACAAAUAUUAUUUUCCUUUUGACUGAAUCAACCCAGCUUAGCAACAAGUUGUUUAAGAAGGAACUGCAGAUGCUGGAAAAAUCGAAGGUUGACAAAGAUGCUGGAGAAACUCAGCGGGUGAGGCAGCAUCUGCCUCACCCGCUGAGUUUCUCCAGCAUUUUUGUCAACCCCAGCUUAGCAACAAAAUGAAACCCUGACAUUAGGGGGAGCUAUUGGACUCCUCAAUACCUUUAACCACCAAAUCAUAGCACAAAUUCUGUUCCCUCCAGCAACCUGUUCAAUGCGAUUGUCUUCCUCCUUUGCAGAACUUGUUUCUUGAUUUCAUCAGGGCAGCAUAGUGGUUCUCCAUUGCAUCUCCAGAGUUUUCACCGUCACUCCUUGACUGUCCGAGUUUCCUCUGGGUGCUUCCGUCUCCUCCCACGUCCCAAAGGGGCGCUGGUAGGUUAAUCGCCACACUCAGUCCCCCGCUAUGGUGGGUAAGCAGUUUGUGAGAGAAUAAAUUGCAGGGUAGGAAGGAAAGGGGAGGGAGGACGGGACUGCUGUGCAGGGAGCUGGCAUACCUGGGUUCUCUAGAGCGGGUUGAGCUUCAUGACCUAGAGGACAAGGUGUUGUGAUGUCAGCCAGUGCUGGCAUGUAGCCAGAGGGGAUACGUUUUAUGGGUACAAUGUUGAGAGAAUAUAACCCUGAAAGAAGGUGGGGCUAUUCUUCCUAAGGCAGGAGGGGGAAAAUAAUAGAGGUAUUUAAAAUGAUGUAGAUAAAGUGUUCCUACUGGCUGAAGGGUCAAAGACCAGAGGGCAUAGAUGGAAGUUGAAUGGAUGAAGUGACAUGUGGAAGAAUUUAUUUGGUGAAAGUUAGAAUCUGCUGUGCUCCCAAAAGGAGAAUGUGGAGCCAGAUUCCACACUGCUUUCAUAAGGAGGAUGGAUAAAGUACUUGACGAGGUGGUGGAAUGGAAGCACCUGGAUUGCUCAGAUUCUGGUCGACAUGGCCGCGAUCCGUACUGCAACCUGACAAUUAUGAAAGGUCAUAAGUGAUAGGAGUAGAAUUAGGCCAUUCGGCCCAUCAAGUCACUCCACCAUUCAAUCUUGGCUGAUCUAUCUCUCCCUCCUCACCGCAUUCUCCUGCCUUCUUCCCAUAACCUCUGAUAUCCAUACUAAUCGGAGCAAUCUGGAAGUACACUCAAAUUUGUAUGUUCUCCUGGAAGUACACUUUUCCUAAACACACCCAUUUCCAAAUAGCAGUUUGUCUAGUGCUCUUUAAAAUUCAUCAGAACCUAAUGGGUUAACAGCAGAGAUUGCCAAGAGGGAAUACUGCAAUUAUCUAUAAUCAAGGGUUGUUUUUUAUUCCACUUAAAUCUGUUAAUGUUGGACGGUGUUUUCAACAAGGUUCUGAUUAAGCUGCAGGUCCACAUUAGCCACUGCUUUCAAAGACCAAGCCUCGUGUAAUUGCUUGUGAAUUAAGGCUGCUUAAUAAACAGUAGCAAAAUUAUUUUUAAUAGCUUUUUGCAGAAUGGAAUGAGUAAAAUAAAAAAUAAACUACAGUUCUGAAAA